CGUCGCUGAUUGGAAGAGGCGGGGAUCCGGCGGCCGCGGGUCGGGCGGCCUGACUGGAGAUCUUUUUAUUAUCUUCGGGGUCCGGAAUCCAUUGGGUCACAACAUCCCUAAACCAGUGGGUCACCACAACAAUAAAUCAGUGAGUCACUGGCACCCAGAUUCCAGUGGCUUACCACAUCCCUAAAUUAGUGGGUCACCAAGAUUCAGAAUCCAGUGGGUCAUAGGGAUCCAGUGGGUCACCACAACCAUAAAUCAGCGGGUCUCUGGGACCCAGAAUCCAGUGGGUCACCAAGGCCCUAAAUCAGUGUGUCAUUGGGAUCCACAAUCCAGUGUGUCAUUGCAAGCCUAAUUCCAGUGGGUAAUUGUGAUCCACAGUUUGGUCAGUCAUUGUGGCUCGAAGGUAAUCGGGAUUCUGAGGGUCAGUGAGUCAUCACAGUCCUAAAUCCUGAGGGUCAUCAGGAUCUUAAAUCCAGUGGGUCAUCGGGUUCCUCAGCCCCAGUAGAUAACCUGAAUUCAGAGUCCCAGUGGGUCAUAGUGUUGGUGGUUGCCAGACUGGGCUGCUGCAGUGGUUAAUGGCAGGGUUUGGGGUUGGCUUGUUUUGUUUGGAUUGUACUGAGGGACACUAGGAGCCACAGCGAUGAAGUGUCUGCUGAUUGCCAGCGAGAGUGCCCAGGUCCUCUUUUACUGGACGGACCUGGAAUUUGAAGUGAGCCUGAGGCAGCGAUUCGAGAAUUUGCUGGAGCAACACAGAGAGAUGUCUCCAGCCUUUGAAGACAGCAUAAACACACUAUUUGCACCACUUCUCAUUUCCUGCAUUACCCUGAAUGAGAAGAUCUCGGACACGUACACUUCUUUCGUUAGUGAGAACAACUACCUCUUUGUACUGCACCAGUUUGGGGAGUGCACAUAUGUCGCAGUGAAUGGAGAUGGUUCAGAGAAUGAAGAUGAUUUGAGACGGAAAAUUUUUGUGUUGAAGAAGAUUAUUGAUGUAUGCUUUGGUCUGGUAACUCUGGAUACAAGUAUCCUUAAGAAAAAAUUGAGACCACAAGAUACAGAACAACGGUUGAAGGUUUGGAAGAUGUUGCAAAAUCUGUUAAUUACUUACAGCCAUCUGAGGGAGGAAGACCAGAGUUUCCUUGUGGAGGCUGUGGAGCGACUGAUCCACCCUCAGUUGUGUGAACAGUGCAUUGAGUUCUUGGAUCGACAGGUAGUCCAGCAGAUAAACAGCAGUAUGGAGAGGGCGAAUGAGGAAGUGGUGCACACUUUUAUCCUAGUACACACUAAACUUCUGGCAUUCUUUUCAAGUCGUAAUGCCAGCUCCCUGAGAACUUCAGACUUGCUCUUACUCAUUCUGAUUGCACAAGAUCUGUAUCCAAGUGACAGUGACUUAGAAGCACUAACUGUCAAGGAUCUGGAGAAUACCCCAGUAACUGAAGAGGUUUACGCUCCUGAAUUGUCACCUGGUGCACAUGGAGAAGAAGAGUCAGUGGAGAGCAGUUCGUGUACAUCCCAAUUCACCAACUCCAUUAUCCAGGUUACAGAAGAGACCCUGCAGGCAUCACUUCCUUUAGAGAGUUCUGCCCCCAAAAGAGUUUUCCUUGAUGCCAGUUCAAAGGAUAAUUACUGCCCCAUGAUGCCUCACAACAUGUACUGCUUGUCCCUCUGGCCCGGGAUCUCUCUGGUUCUGCUUACAAAGGUGUCGUCCAGUCAUGUUGCAGUGUCUCUGUAUCACCUUUUGGAUGCAUUCACUGUUCUAGAGGCCAAGCUAAGUGAUGGACAGGAGCUUGGUCACUCUUCUCGCGUCUACCCUAACAUGCCUGACCUCCGUCAGAGGAUGGAGAAGUUCGUAAAGGCUGUCGGAGCCCAGAAACACCAGUUGCAGUCUGCCUGGGCGGACUUCAAGAACAAAGCAUUUUCCAAAUCUGAUGCUGGAAAUUCUCAAGAGUCACCAAGUAGUGGUAAAGAUUGCCAAUUUUGGCAUUUUUCCAUCUCUCUAAUGCAAGGGUUGUCCUUAACUUGGGGUUGUACCUAUCUGAAAGAUUUCCCAGGACUCAUUCAUUUCAUCUAUGUGGAUCGGACGGUUGGUCAAAUGAUUGCACCUUCGCUAAAUGUGUCAGAAAAAUCCACAGAGCUGGGGAAAGGACCAUUGGCUUCAUUUAUCAAAAGCAAGGUAUGGUCCCUGGUUGGUAUGGGGCGCCGGUAUUUACAGAAGGGAUACACCACGCUCACUUUCCGUGAUGGAGACUACUACUGCUGCUAUUUCCUUUGGUUUGAGAAUGAAAGUGGAUACAAGUUACCAGUUAUAGAGCUGCCGGUGCUAUCUGAUGACUCUGCUCCGAUUGGGAUUUUGACUGGUGAUUAUUACAGGAAGCUACUGCGAUAUUAUGGCAAGAACCACAGCUUGGAGGUGAUCAAGUGCUUUGAGCUUCUCACUAUCCACCUGGGUGUCAUUCCUACAGAGUUCAUCAUUCAGCAGUGCUCUGACCUGGCACGCAGAUUAUGGGAGCCCUCACGCAUCCCACUCCUUUAAACAGCAGGGCAGAGAUCACUGGAAGCUUGGGGAAUGGGCAUCUGUGUUGGUGAAAUCAGAUGUUAAUAGAAAGGACAAACACUCAGAAAAACUGCUACAGAUAGGAGAUAGUGCUGCAUAUUUGAAUUGGAGGCCACAAUAAGCUCAGGGGACAGUGGCAGGUGUAACCCAGCAGUCAGUAAGCUUCAAGCUUUUGAAAUCCAGUUGGCUCCUGUGUCUCGGUUAUGAGAUUCCCCCCCAUUGCUGCAAGUCCCAUCUGAGUUUCAAAUCCUUUCUCUGUGGCUAGUGCAGUUUAGAAGGUGAGAAGUAGGAAAUGGAUUGAAUUCAUUUUUGAUGGAACUUCACCAUUUAGCAUUUUGGUAGGUUUUGGGUGAGUAUAUGGAGGAAGACCAGAAUGGCAACCAAUACAUGUUUUUGGGUUGUUUGGUUUCAUAUUCAGGUGCCCAACCAGAUUGUUGCCAUUGUAGUUAAAUUUCUGCCCUCCAAAGUGGAGAUACAUCUUGCUUCACAUUCAAGCGUACAAACAACAUGUUUUUAUUUUAUGACGCAUGAUCUGUGUUGAGUAGCUCACUUCAAUGAGAUGGCAGCUGUCUGCCUCAUUGGGUCCUGGGCUAGGAAAAGUAGAACUGGUUAAACCCUCUGUCACCUGAUGUGAGCUUCAGGAAGUAUGUGUUAGGGGUUAGUGACUAGAUUUCACUUCACUGCUUCUUGCCAUAAAGAUUAAAAAUCCAUCUUGGCUUGUGGAUAUUAGUGUUUCGGAGCAGGCAGACUUAAGUGUAUCCCAGCAGGAUACAGGAACAGUAGUGGGGCCAGGGUUAUGGGUAUUAUAGGGAGAUAAUAAUGAAGAUUAAGCUGGUGUUUCUUUUACUGUAAAGCACUUACAAUGUGGAACUUUGCUACCAUGUGGAGAAGAUCAAGUGGAUAACACGGACAUAUUCGGGGGUGGGGGGGUGGUGAAAUUAGACAAAUACAUGAAUGAGAAAGAAAUAGAAGGAUAGGCUAACACAGUGAGGUGGUAGAGGCUCAUGUGGAGCAUAAACACAGCAUGGACCAGUUGAGCCAAGGGGCUCUUACUGUGCUGUUAAUUCUGCUUACUGACUUGUCAUUGAGUAGAGAUGUACACUACUUUCACUGAAUAGAUUAAUGCUUUUAAUUUCUUUUGCUGAAAACAUUGCAUAUUUUAUUUUAUUUUAUAGACUGGUAAUGUCAAAAUCAAAACAAUAAACACUAGAAGAUUUCAGCAAGUCAGGUGUCCACUGAUAUGGAGAGAACUAAGCUGUUUGUGAGUUUUGUUAAAAUAGAAGUUUCUGCACUUGGAUGUGAUUUCCACAUUCAGUAAACAUGACACUAAAUUGUACUAACAUUCUAGCAAAACAGACACAAAAAUAGCUUGACAGAACUGCAUGGUGACUGCUGAAAAUUGAACUUUAGAAAAUUGGACAUUCUUUCUGAUGUAGCAGCGGUCUUAUCCUUUUUUUUCUCUAGUCCUUCUGCUUAAUAACCUUCAUCUUUGCCAUCUCCCUUGAUCUUCUCUCCUGUUAAGGAAUGAGUUCAGAGAAAAGGAUCUGAUAGGCUGCAAUCAAAGAAGCUCUCAAAACCUGGGACACUUCAGAUGUGCAAAUCUAUACCAUUUUACGUUACAUCAAAGACUUUUACACUUUUCACUUUACAUAAUUCAAUCUUGUUUCACUGGAACGUUGCUGAGCUCUUUGAUGUCUGAAUUAGUUUCUUCCCCUUGAUUCUUUUUCUUCUUUUGAUUCUGUCUUGGACCACAGGAUUUUAAAACAAUUAGUGGCUUUAGAUUUAUUAAAGAGAAUUUUACGCACCAAAGCUCAGAGUCCAGCUCAAUGUUUCAAGUUUCAGGGAGAAAUUAACCAAAGUGUAUGAGUGAGACAAAAAGCAGUUGACAGGUGCUCAACAAACAAUGAAGACUAGAAUAGAUUUUUUAAAAAGGCCAAAGCUUGAAAUGUUGUUGCUUUAAACAAUAUGUUAGUACUUUUUUGAAGGGAGCUAAUAAAAGGAAGGUUCUGUAGAUUUGGAUCAAAUCAAACAAAAACUCAAUGACGUGAAUUAUGCAGUGAGUAGAUAGGAAGAAAAAUUAACUUAUCGUGUUGACAAAUCAACUAAUUAUCAUGUUGACAUGUGAAAGAAAUAGUAUGACAGUGUUACCACUCUUAUGGGAGGAAGGCACUGGUAAUCAAACUGCACUGCUCCAUGAGUGGACUGAUUGUGAACAGGAGGAGGUGAUAGGACAUUGUCGCUCAUUUAGUAAUCCAGAGACACUGGUGAUUUUCCGAGGGUUUGGGUGGAAUUGGAAUUCAAUGCAAAUCUGCAAUUUAAAGUCUAAUAAUGACCAUGAAACUAUUAUUAAUUAUCGUA